UAUUGUAACUUAGUUUUGUCUGAUUUAAAGGGAACUAAGAUUUUUGAAGUUGAAACUAGAUUUAGUUUUUGCAGUGUAGUUCCAUGUCUCCUCUCUGGUCCUCCAGGCAGAGGAACUGGUUUCAUCAAAUCGUCCCGUCUUGUUCAUUUGAUGAAACCAGUUCGCCUCCCAGUUCCUCCAGUACAUCCCAGAGCCGUGGAUGGAGGGAAACUCGGACCUGCUGGGAUGAAGAAUCCCGUCUCCAUCCUGGUUGGAGGAGAUGUGAGGAACCUUCUGCUCUCUGGCUUCCUGUCUGCUGGGAUUACCGUAAUCCCACUUUAACUCCUCACAGCUGAGAGUCAGACAGGAACAGGUGGCUGCUGCUCCUCCUCUUCCUCCUCACUCUCUCCUUGCUCAGUCCAGCUGAUCUCUGCUCUGCUGCCGGUUGGGAUGAAGUUCAGUAGUCCGCCUGACUCGCUGGUGGGCUAACCGAACCCAGAGCUCCGUCUGUCAGGCUGCAGAACAGGAAAGAUCAGAGGGGCGUCGCUCCUACUGGGAAUAAUGGGAGCUUCUUAUGGGAAGAAGAAAUCGUACAGCAUCGACCAUGAGCCUCUGCCCAGACAGCCGGGCGCAAAGACCGGGAAGCAGCCGAACGGCAGAGCUUCGGCAUACUCCAACCUGCAGCCGCAUCGCCCCGGUGACGUCCACAGGAGGCCGUCCCCGGCGUCCAGCUGCGUCCCCCCGCCUGACUACAUGGACGGAGACGAGGACGAGGACCUGAUCAAACCCAAGAAGCUGCUGAAUCCCGUCAAGGCGUCCAGGAGCCACCAGGAACUGCACAGGGAGCUGCUGAGCAGCUGCAGACGGGGGGGCAGCGGCGUGGAGACCAAGCCGGAGCUGCAGCGGGUUCUGGAGUCCAGGAAGCGGGAUCAGCUGAUCCGCCAGAGGAAACAGGAAGAGGAAGCACACAGGAAGAUUUCCCCGCUGGAGGCCGAGCUGCUCAAGAGACACAUGAAGCUGGAGGAGGUGAGAGCAUGCUGGAGCGGACUGACACGGACCGGACCGGACCGGACCGACACGGACCAGGUUCAUUGGACCAGACGGGACUCAGGUGGUGGACUAGACCCCGAUUACUAGACUGGUCCAGACCGAGGCUGAUGGACUAGGUUAUCUGAACCAGGGUCACCAGAAUAGGAUAAGUAUAACAGGGUAACUGUAUCCGGGUAACUGUAUCCGGGUAACUGUAUCCAGGGUAACUGUAUCCAGGGUUAACUGUAUCCAGGGUAACUGUAUCCAGGGUUAACUGUAUCCAGGGUAACUGUAUCCAGGGUUAACUGUAUCCAGGGUAACUGUAUCCAGGGUUAACUGUAUCCAGGGUUAACUGUAUCCAGGGUAACUGUAUCCAGGGUAGCUGUAUCCAGGGUUACUGUAUCCAGGGUAACUGUAUCCAGGGUAACUGUAUCCAGGGUAGCUGUAUCCAGGGUAGCUAUAUCCAGGGUAACUGUAUCCAGGGUAACUGUAUCCAGGGUUACUGUAUCCAGGGUUAACUGUAUCCAGGGUAGCUGUAUCCAGGGUAACUGUAUCCAGGGUAGCUGUAUCCAGGGUUACUGUAUCCAGGGUAACUGUAUCCAGGGUAACUGUAUCCAGGGUAGCUGUAUCCAGGGUAACUGUAUCCAGGGUACAGCACAUUAAAUUAUGUUUCAUGAAUUUGAAAACGUCCUCCGUCUCCAGGAAAGCUACAGCGGAUCUGGAACAUUCUGUGAAUGGUCUGGUCCAGACCCUAUGGUUCUGUUUGGACCAGAAGCAAGGUUCAGAGCCCAUUAACCCUUUAACUGAACCCUUCUAAACACUGGCUUGUAGGUCAGUGGGUCCAUUGAGAACUCCAGGGUCAUCAUGACAGUUAAGGGUCAAUCAGUUCAGAAAUGAUCAGAAGUUGACUGGUCUAAGAAAACAAUCAAAUACUUGGGUUAUGGUUGACUUACCUUCCGAAAGACCUGUACAAAAAAAACUAUGAAAUCGUGAAUGCUAGAAUGAAACAAGACCUCACACAGUGGUCUGAAUGUAUAACUGACUUUAAUUCAAGAAUUGAGGUCAUUAAGAUGUCAGUAUUAUCCAGGUUAUUAUACCUAUUUAUUUCUUUACCUAUCAGAAUCCCUCAUUCUCAGUUUAGUGAGGGGGACAAAUUGAUAUCUCGUUUUGUUUCGAAGGGACGGAAACCCAGAAUUAAAUACAGUACUUUUAAAAUUAGGAAAGAAAAAGGGGGUUUGUCACUCCCAAAUCUUCAUGAUUAUUACCUCUCAGCUCAACUCAAAACAGUGGCACAGUGGUGUGACCAUACUUACGAGGCUGGAUGGAAAGAAUUGGAAAGCAAAUGUGGAAACAUCCCAAUACAAGCUCUGAUUGGGGAUCAGAAGCUUGCAGCAGCAUGAAAACAAAAUUGGAUCCACUAGUGUCAUUUACCUUUCUGACCUGGUUUGAAGUGGUUAAGGAACCAAACGAUACGAGUUCUCAGAUGGGCCGCCUUUCACUCAGAUUUUAUCCCCAACCAACUAGACUCCAGUUUUAAAAACUGGUCACAGAAAGGAAUAAAAAUUCACUACCAAGCUUUCAAACAUCCAUCCAUUUUCUUGCAGUCUUGUCCCUUGGCGGGGUUGGGAGGGUUGCUGGUUCCUCUCCAG